AUGAACUUCAAUUGGUCCCUAGUCGAAUCUUCGACAACUGGGACCGGUGGCAGCCCGGACGAUCGGCCGACCGACCAAAGCGAACCGAAAUGGAAAACCCUCGCGGCGACCGACGUGGACAAGGACCGCCGAGGUGGUAAAGGUGAGGUCCGAAGGCUCCCGUUAUACUUCCUCAAUGAACCACCCAACGAUGUUCAUUUUCUGAACACCGCGGGAGUCGUGGUUACGUGUAACGCGGGUGGAUCCCCUCCGCCGAUCAUUAUUUGGCAGAAAGCAGAUGGCGAAAUCAUUUCCGAAACGUCGGACGGCCUCCGAUACGUUCGUAGCGACGGAUCGCUAGUGUUCCGGCCGUUCGACCCGAAGAACUUUCGACCAGAAGUGCAUACGACCACGUACCGAUGCGUGGCUCAAAACGAGCACGGUACGCUCGGCAGUCGAGACGUCCACGUGGAAGCCGUUAUCGAUAUGUCGCCCGGAGACGUUUCCGUGACGGAUGGAACUUCAAUCUUGGGCGGGACUGCGGUGUUGCGGUGCAUAACCAGCAGUCCUACCAGAGAGCAUCUCACUGUCCACAGCUGGCAAACGGACGACGGUUUCGCCAUGAGCACAGACAGCAACGUGAUCGGCAACAAGUAUCACACGUCGCACAAUGGAAGAGUACUUCUAGUACAUAGCGUCACGCCACAGGAAGAGAAACGUCGAUUUCGGUGCUCCGUUUACAAUAAACUCACCGGUCGGAAAGUCAACAGCGUGCAAUGGGCCAAGAUCACAAUCAUAGAUGCCAAAGACUCUCCAGCAAGAAUGGUGGAGUGUCCACCGCGGGUCAGUCUGACCGAGGGCGAAACCCUUCGAUUGCCCUGUGUUGCCACUGGUCAUCCGAAACCAUCGUACCGAUGGUUCCGAAGCGCUCCGAACCAACCGCUCCCUUCCGAAAUGGGAGUUUUGAUAAUGAACAAGAUGACGUUAGCGGAUACCGGAAGAUAUAUUUGCACUGCCAACAACACUUACGGCGAGGAUCGUUGCGACACCGAAGUCACGGUCACCGCUCCUCUCGACGCCGUGAUGAUGCCCCGUCUGCUGAGCGUCCGGAGUGGAGACGACGCGACUGUCAACUGCACAUAUCGUGGAGGACCCGUUAGUCAAGUGUCCUGGACGAAAGAUCAGAAGCCGCUCAUCACCGAUCAUCGAGUUCGACUUCUGGGAAAACUUCUCCUCCAUAUUUCCGGUUUCCGUCGGGGCGACUCCGGCGUAUAUCAAUGCUACGUCGGGAACCUCCGCGAUUCUGCGCAAGGCUACGCCUAUCUCAAAGUGCAAGAAGUCGCGCCGACUUUCCAAGACACCUUCAACGCCCGGGUCCACAACCAGGGGGAAAGAUCCUCACUUCGAUGCAUUGCUACGGGCAGCCCGCUCCCUCAAGUUUCGUGGCUCCUCGACGGCUACCCCGUGAGUGAGUCCGGGAAUAUGCACCAGGGUGAUUUCGUCCAACCCGAUGGAUCGGCCGUGGUAUCGUUCGUGAACAUUUCGACACUCCGGGUGCAGGACGGCGGCGAGUAUUCUUGCAAAGCGACGAACGACGUCGGAGUCAUCGAGCACACUGCCAGAAUCGAUGUGAGCGGCCCACCAUUCAUUCGACCCAUGCGAAAUCUCACCGCUAUCACAGGAUCAGAUUUUCGGUUGCAUUGUCCAGUGUCCGGCUACCCGAUCGAGUCCAUACGCAUCGAGAAAGAAGGCCGUAUCCUGCGUAUAGGAAGCCGUCAUCGGCUUCCCAGGGCAGGACACCUCCUAAUUCAGGACGUGCGUCGUGAAGAUCAGGGUCUUUAUAGAUGCAUCGUGCAGGGAGCACAAGGAGAGGUUUUCACACGAGAUGUUUAUGUCCACGUAGUCGUUCCACCGAAAUUGGCUCCUUUCGUGUUUCCCUCCAAAAUGCAAGCCGGUCAUCGGGCCACGGUCACCUGUGCAAUCGUCGAAGGCGACUCGCCCAUAGUGAUCUCGUGGCAGAAAGACGGUCGUCCACUAAUCGGAUACAAGGGCGUGCAGACUCUGCCUCUGAGUGACUUUGUAUCCACUCUCAUCAUUGAAAACGUUGAGAGGUCGCACUCCGGGAACUACACGUGCACCGCAACAAAUAUUGCAGCUGUAAGCAACUACACGGCACCUCUCGUCGUACUCGGUGACACCCCCUCGUGGAGUAUCAAGCCCGAAGACAAAACAGUGAUUGUCGGAUCAGCUGUGAGGUUCGACUGUCGGGCCGACGGUGAACCUCAGCCGGUGAUUCGAUGGAAAGUUGCGAAAGGUGACGAUUUCCAAUCCAUCGCCUCCAGCCCGCGCAUUCAUGUCCUUGAGAACGGUUCGCUGACCAUUCUCUCGGUGGAGCGUUCAGAUCAAGGCCAGUAUAUCUGUGAAGCGAGUAACACCGUCGGUCCAUCGGCAACCGUCGCGAUCGCUCUGUCUGUGAAAUCUAAACCGCAUGUGUCCGGUCUUCUCCAGACCGUCAGCCUGAAGAAAGAAUCGCAAGCGUCCGUGCAAUGCGUCGCCACCGGAGACGCUCCUCUCGAGCUCAUCUGGAGCUUCAACGGGACCCUCAUCCGCCCAGAGCACGACGUUCGGAUAAGCAUGGACGAUCAAAUGGUGACAGAGGACAAACUCGUGUCGAACUUGAAGAUUGAUCAAGUGAGAAAAUCGGACUCAGGCGUUAUAGAAUGCACCGUCACGAAUCCGUACGGAAAAGAAAGUCUACACACCCGCCUCAUCGUACAAGAUAAACCGGAGCCGCCGACCAAACUCCGAGUCAUAGAAGCGACCUCGAGCUCCAUCACUUUGCAGUGGGAAACUCCACCUGACGGCAACAGUGUCAUCAAGAGUUACGUCAUCAGCUACCGUCAAGCCGAUUCAGCUACGCCGGAAGAAUCGGUCCUAUCUCAACAUCGGGCGAGCUUCGUCUCCGACGACGGAUCCCAGAGCGCCACAAUAAAGAACCUUCUGCCGAGAACAACAUACGAAAUCUACGUCGCUGCCAGCAACGAUAUCGGCACGUCGAGGCCUUCAAAAACAGUCAAUGUCACCACCAAAGUCGAUCCGCCUCAGAAGCCUCCGAGAGAUGUCGAAGUGAUUCCCAUGGGCUCUACGAAGUUUCGGGUCCGCUGGAGGCGACCGGUCGACCCUCAGCUGGUGCCAAUCGAAGGUUACUACAUCGGAUUCAGAGCCAACUCGGAAUCCAUCUUCGCUUACAAAACCCACUCGUUGUUGAACCUCGUACCGCGUGACGUCGAGGAGUUUGUUAUACAAGGCCUGAACAAACGAACAAAGUACUGCGUGAUCUGCCAAGCCUACAACGAGCAAGGAAACGGGCCAUCUUCGAAGGAGGUUUGCGCAAGUACAUUCGAAUACGAUCCGCCGGAAUCGCCUCGGCUCAAACUGAUUUCAUCAACCGCUUCGUCACUGCACGUGUCGUGGGAACCUCGGAAGGGCGAUAUCGUCCAAGGUUACAUCCUGCACUACAAGCACGGCAACGGCGGAUUCAUCGAGGAGCGUCUAAGCCGUCAGCUCAGCUCGAAGAUGCUCACAGGACUACAAUGUGGUACCACGUACACGAUUUACCUGACGGCUUACAAUGACGUCGGUCACAGCGAGCCGGGAGAGUUCCUCGAAGCCUCGACUAAUGGAAAACCCCCAAUCGCGCCCCCGAUGGCCGACAUGGUGGAUACGAACCAGACAACGUUGCGCAUCUCGCUGACAAAAUGGCGAGAGGCGGGCUGCCCGAUAUUAUUCUUCGUCGUACGCUACAAACCGAGAGACUUCAUCGGCGACUGGAUUGUCUACUCGAACCACAUUCCUCCGGAACAGCAGGUGGUUUACAUCACGGAUUUGGCACCGGCUUCCUGGUACGAUAUGUCCGUGUCGGGAUACGCCGAAGCCGGUCAUUCGGACGCCUCCGACCUCGUAGGCACGCUUACUCCAGACGGUCGUAGAUUGCCACCUCCUCCCGAAAGGAUUAAGGAAACUCCACGAGGACCGCUGCAAGGCAUGCAGAACCAAGCCUGGCUGGUGCCGAUGAUGUGUGUGAUUGUGGCUAUUGUGGUCAUCAUUGCAGUGAUUUCGGUGCUGGUUCUGUGGACGAGGAAACGCGAACGUCUACAAGAGCUGUACAACCAGACCGACACGGGCAACUCGAUGACGCUGAAGACUUAUCCUAACAUGGCCUGCAAAACGUCGACGUGCAGCCGCAACGGGGGUCUGGGUCAGGCUUUCUACUAUCCCGAAAGUUACUCCACCACAACCAGAGGCUUCUAUCCCAACAACGACCGGCACACUUACGAGGAUCCCUGCAAACUGAAGGAACAACAGAUGCGAGCCGCAACCGCAGUCGACAGUUCGACUCUGAAGAGGAAAGUGCAGAUCGACGCCACAGCAUUCGAAGGUGGGAAGCACCGAUUGCAGUACAGCGAAGAAAGCAGUCCACUGGACAAAACGUCUUCGUUCCUAGGCACCAGCACUGGAACGUGUCGCCAGAAUAGCAUGGAAGAGUUCGAGGAAAUGUCUGACUUCGGGGACGGUAAAACCGCAUGCUACACCUCGUACGGCUACAAGGUUCCUAAGCCGUAUCCAUCCACGAUUAAUGAAGAGUCUUCAAUCUACUCGGACUGUACAUACCGCUCGUAG